CAGUAGUAGCCGAAUUAGAUGAGAAAACAAAAUUGCAGGUCAUAUUCAUAUUCGAAUAUGCAGCUUCCCCAAAAGUGAAGUAUUUAAUGAGGUUGAUAAUAGUGGAGUAGAGUAGCAAAGCAAAGAUGUGGAUUGCAGUGAUAAGCGGUUUGAUUAUUUACCUUAUAGUGAAGCUCUUCCUCUACGAGGACGACACCCUCCUCGAUCUCUCCUCCUCCCACUUCAGCGCCCUCUUCACCGUCGCCAAAAGGCUGGAAAAGCUUUAUCAUGGAAGCAAAGUCUACAUUGGCCUCCAAAUUCCGGACGCCGAUUCCGCUUCUCGCCAGAAUAUUGAUCUUGUUCUCGUCACUCAAGAGGGGGCUAUGGUGAUUUCGGUGAAGAAUAUGUCCGGAUUUGUGUCCACUGAUAAGGAUGGUAAUUGGGUAUGCACUGAUGGGAAGCACCAUAGAACCGACUUGAUUCCUAAUCCUGUACCUGAAACCAAGCGAUUGGUUCCCAUUCUUGAAGAAUAUCUUGAACAAAGGGGAGUUGCUCUUCCAGAGGGAUAUUUGUCUGUUAAAGUCAUAUGUCCCAACCCGAGUUUUAGUUCCAUUGAUUCAGAUUCAUUUCCACCUGAGGUCAUUACUUAUGAUCAAUGGAAAAUUUUAAAACCUGGGCAGAGAAGUCUGUAUUCUGGAUGGAUCAAAGGUGUACUUGGUGGUGGCAAGGAUAAAACACAGGACUCAUUCUAUGAGCAGGUUAACUCGGUCCUCAGCACUGCCCCUAUAUCAGACAGGCUAGAGCUCAAAGGCAACAAAUAUGUGCUAGGAGAAUUUAUUGAAUUCAAAGGGAAAGAAGAAGACCUACACGGCUUAAGAAAGAUUAAAAGAUCAAAGAUUAGUCAGCUGAGCGUUCAGAAGAUAAGCAUGUUUGGUUUGGCUCAUUCAACUGUCCAAGUUUUGUUUGCUCCCCGUGAUUAUCGUGUUGAAGGCUCUUCCAAGGCGUCACAUUGGGAAGAAGUGACUGUUAGAUCCAGCACGGAGCUAGUUUUUCAACCUCUGAAUUCUACAAAACCGCACAAGUAUAAGCUGUCUUCAGUCAUUUCCAUGUCACUGAGUGCCUGAAAUUACAUAAUACCUACACGCACAAGGCAGCAAUUCAUGUGAGGCACGGUUUUCAUGAGGUCAGCAAGUGUUUCUAUAAAUCCAUGUUUUAUAUACUUGAUUCCAGAAUGACACCAGACACGGGAUACUAUCGGCCAAAGAGAACCUGAUCCUUGCUAAUGUUUGCUGAGUUUUACUUUGAAGUUGGAAUUGUAGGGCAAGCUUAAAUAGGGAUAAUUAAGUAUUAAUAGUGAAGCUUAUGAAUAGGUUGCAUCUGUGAGCCUAGCGCAUUAUAUGUUAUAAUUUGUAAAGAGUGGCGUUGAUGCAAGUAAUUUGUGCAUAAUUGCGAUACAGGGAAGAGUGGCGUUGGCAGCAGCCUCUUCCUUCAGCUCAUACUCAAUCGAUGUUUCCCCUCCUUGUCUAUCAUCUUCAACCUUGUACGAUGAUGAUUUUGUGUAUUUACACCUUUCAUCUCCUAA